GCUGCUGUGAGCCUGCCGUGCGCGCUGCCGCCCGGAGCUCCCCGCCGUCGGGGAUGGCGCGGCUGGCAGCGCCCGUGCGCGCCUGAGGCGGAGGGGCGAGCCCGCCGCCGCCGCGUGAGGAGGAGGAACAGGAGGAGGAGAGAUGAAGCGCUUCCACCCUGGGGUCGCGCUGCUGCUCUCGCUGCUGUGGGAGUGUACAGAGGCCAAAAAGCAUUGCUGGUACUUUGAAGGAUUAUAUCCUACAUAUUAUAUAUGUCGCUCCUAUGAGGAUUGCUGUGGCUCAAGAUGCUGUGUAAGAGCUCUCUCUAUCCAGCGACUAUGGUAUUUUUGGUUCCUAUUGAUGAUGGGAGUUUUGUUCUGUUGUGGAGCUGGUUUCUUUAUCCGAAGGCGGAUGUACCCUCCUCCAUUAGUAGAAGAACCUACUUUUAAUGUGUCUUACACCAGACAACCAGUCAACACUGCAUCAGGGUCACAACAACCUGGAGUGCCGUAUUACACAGAUCCAGGUGGACCUGUGAUGAAUCCCAUGGCUAUGGCUUUCCACGUCCAGCCCAAUUCCCCACAAGGAAACCCGGUUUACCCACCCCCACCUUCCUAUUGCAACACACCACCUCCCCCAUAUGAGCAGGUGGUGAAAUCCUCCACAUGAGGACUCUGGCUCUCUGACCUGACUGUGUGAGAAGAAGGUGCAAUUGCAAAAUGACCAAGAUGGAGGGCACCUGCCCUUUUGAACACUUGCUAAUUCUCCAAGUCCUCUCUCCUUCCCUUCCCUGCACCUUUCCUCAUUAAAGUUACUUGCAAAAGGGUGAUUUUUAAAA